UCAAUAUCCCCCCUGACCUACUUGUUCUACAACCGGCUCUUCUGACAGUUAGCCCCAACAACAAUAAUAGUAAUUUGAAUAAUGAGAUAAGUUUCUUUAGUGUUCUAUGAAGAUAAGGUUGUUUUGUAUGGAAAAAUGAACGAGUUAUCGCUAUUGAAUUAUAAAUGACCUUUCAUUUUCAUCCAACCGGUUAGAGCAAUUCUUAUGCAAUUCAAAGAUAACCUGUUGAUACACCACCUCAAAUUCAGAGUUCAGAACAUCUCAGGAUCUCAGGAUAACCAUGUCAGCUAAAACCUUACUUUAUUCGUAUUGGAGAAGCUCUUGCUCUUGGAGAGUGAGAAUAGCUUUGAAUUUGAAAGAAAUACCUUAUGAGAUAAAGCCAGUGUCACUCAUCAAGAACGGAGGAGAGCAUCAUUCCAAUGAAUACAGAGAAAUUAAUCCGAUGGAGCAUGUACCAGCACUUCAUAUCGAUGGGGUCACUUUGAUUGAAUCUUUGAGUAUAUUUCAGUACUUGGAAGAAACCAGGCCUCACAUACCAUUAUUACCUCAUGAUGUAGUAAAGCGUGCACGAGUUAGAGAGAUUUGUGAUGUUAUUGCAUCUGGAAUACAGCCACUUCAGAAUCUUCAGGUGCUCAUUUUUGUUGGUGAAGAAAAGAAGAAUGAAUGGGCCCAACAUUGGAUAACCAAAGGUUUUCGUGCUGUUGAGAAACUUUUAUCUUCAAGUGCAGGAAAAUACUGUGUUGGUGAUGAAAUUACUUUUGCGGAUUGCUGUCUCAUUCCCCAAGUGUUCAAUGCCAGACGAUUUCAUGUUGAUUUGAGGCCCUUUCCCACCAUAUUGAGAGUUGAUAGGGAACUUGAAAACCAUCCAUGUUUUAGGGCAGCCCAUCCAAGUAAUCAGCCCGAUUGCCCACAGGAACUUCCAAAGUGAAUUAUUCCACACUAACUUCUUCAUUCAGGUAAGUAGGCAUUUAAAAUUGAUGAUCAUUGAGUUUAUGAGGAUUCAGUAUAAGUAAAAUAUAUUCAACUUAUUUUCAUUCCACAAUAUUUUAAUGGCAAUAAUUUUUAUCAACAUAUAUACUGUUGAUCCAACUAAUAAUUAAUAACUUAAUACUUCAAUACCUUCCUCUUUCAUUUUUGUUGAAGAUCCUAAAAAGUUUCCUCAAAAUCUUGUAUGACUCAAAAGUACUCUGUUGAAAUAUAAAACCUUGUAUUGAAUAAGAAUCAAAUUGAAUCCUUUUGAACGUAGUCGCUCUGAUUUAUCAUGAAGGGGAAUUUAGAUUUUAAUAAAUACCUUUGUCACAAAACUUUUGAUCUACUGUUAGUCCAGUUUUAGGAAAAAUUUUACGAGUUUAAUUGCUAUGAAUGCAGCGUUUACCUAAUCUGCAGAUGCUGCAUCAAUUUAAUGCUUUUUAAUUGGAAAAGCUUUCAUUUGAAGUUGAUUUUAGUGAAUUUUACUGGUUCAAUUUUCUCUGUAAUUGUGGUAACAUGAAAUCAAAUUUAAAAACCUCAAAAGUAUACAUGUGUUCCAUGAAUAUUGCAACAAGUUCAGGAUAUUGUUGUAUAACUUAUUUUGAGUUCUUUAAGCCUUUGUCUGGAAAUGCUUUGUUUCCAAGAUACAGGGCACGUUCAAUGUAUUCCAAAUAAAUGACGAAUUCCUCGAUAUUUUUAAAACUGCUGGAGAUAUACAUUUGGUAAAAAUUGAUACCAAUCAAGGUGAUUACUUCAUGUUGAAUACCUCUUUUGCAGCAACCAAAGUGACAUGCAUAUUGGCAUUGACUUUAUUAUUUUUUAAGAAAAAAAACCCAGUGCCUUUUUGUAAAAUUAAAUUGAUUUCUAUAAUUCUUAUUCAAUUCACAACAAAAAGAAUCUCUGCGUUUUUUCUCUAGGAUGCACCACUUUUUCAUCACAAGAGUGUCUUGGCCUUAUGGAUUACCAUACUCUUUCAAAAAUAUCAGGGCUGUCUCUUAUUAUAUUGACCUAUAUCUUGGAAACGAAGCAUUUCCAGACAAAGACAGAACCUUUCCAACUACAAAUAACUCAGAGAUUAAUAUCCUGAAUUUGUUCACAAUGUUUAUGAAACACCCUGUGUAACAUGUACCCUGUGUACAUAUGCUGAUACCUAUUAGGUUUUUGUGAAAAUUUUUUUUCAUUGAAAUAUUUUUUAAACACUGUUUAGUUUAUUUGCUUUUGCAUUAUUUAUUUGUUGCUUGUUGCUAUUUUUUUAUUUUAUAUGGAUAUAAUUUUUGCUUAUAAAUGUUUUGAUAAUAUAGAAUGAAGUAUAUUUUUCUAAUAUUUCAAUAUAACAGCAAAUUUUCUGGAAAGCUUCGAUAGUAUGAUUUCUUAAAAAUAAAUCCAGUUUAGUCAUAAUAGUUGAGAAGUUUGACUUGACUCCAUUAAACAUUAUUUCACAUUGCUAAAUUGAUAUAACAAAAUCUUUUGGAUGUAUUGGUUCAGAUUUGGCAGGCUUAUUUUAAACUUCCUCUUACUCAAAUAUGUCAGACCAAUAGGAAUGGAAGUUAUACUUUUUGUUUCAAUUUAAGAGGAAAACAGAUACUUCGCAUUAUAAAUGGAAAAAUUUUUGUGAUGUAUUCUGAAAGUUCUCUUUUUCUGGAUAAUUGUUGUUCUAACAAAUUCUGCUUUUUUCUAUACAGGGAAUAAUAAAGUGGCAAUUACCUUAAUUACCAAACAGUAGAGAUAUGAAAUAAGUAUUCUGUGAAAAUCACAUGUACCUACUAGAAAUAAAUUGUGAAUGAAAGUAUUUUUGCCAAAUGUGAGAUAUUUCAAAAUUAUUCGCCGUUACCAAAGGAAUUAUAUAUUUUAUGUUAGUUGCUUGUUUCAAUAAACGCAUUUUUAAUAA